AUGGCUGAAGGUGCUAUGCCGGGUGCGCCCGAGAUCUCGGGUGUAGACAGCGCCGAACAUUUCUACCACCAGCCACCCCCAGUAGCCGGCCUAAGUAUGGGGGGCUCUACCCAGAUCAGCAGCGAAGAGACCCAGGUCGACACGCCAGACAGCGAGCACCACGAACGGAGGCCGUUGUAUCAGGCUUCACGUGCACCUUCGCCGUCCCGGGACAACACGCAAAGCAGUACGCCUGGCCCCAGGGCCCAUUUCCCCGAGGAUGGAGGGCAGCUCGCCCAAGCUUACUCUGCACGUCCGAUCCCGACAGAGUCCCAUUCCUCUCGCUAUGCAGGGGAGAAGGACCGCGAGCCAGCAUCUCAUCGAGGGGUCUGGCAGUCAUUCCGGGAUUGGUGCGAGAGUUGGCAGGAGGAUUUUGGUGCUCCUCAUAAGCACCAAGAUGUUGCGGAUAUCAUAGGCGAUGCCGGGAUCGACCCGCAGAUAUUCCGCAAAAUGAAGUCGCACGGGCGGGUUUCUAGUCUUGUCGCGCCGUCGAUGAUGUUGGCACGCCCUGGCCUUGGACAGCAUACAGACACCAGCACAGCAAUCCCGACACCCACUCAACCUUGGAUGUCGAUGUCGAGGGACUCAAGCCCGGGAUCAUCUACACCCGCAACACCAUUCAGGAAAAGCCACGCUGGCGUUGAUCCGCAUGAAGUCACUCGUGCUCUGCGGAAACUCAAAGAAAAGUUUGGUAAUGGCAAUGACUCCAAGCGUGCCAAGUAUAUCCAGGCCAAAGCAGAGUUGGCACAUAGGCGGAAUGUUGUCUUGCUGCUUGUAUAUGCAUUCAUGGCUUACGGUGCCCCGUCACACCGCAUUGAGGAAUAUACACUUGCCCUUCUUAGAGCCCUCGACAUGGAGGGUCGCGUCAACUACACGGUCGGCUGUACCGAAAUUUCCUUCAUCAACCCGGUCGAUCCUGCUGAUCCCAUGACUCGAAGUGCUUACACGACGCUGGUCAAAGCUCAAGGGCUUGAUAUUGGUGCAUGUGAGACCGCAUUCCGCAUCUACAAGGACGUCGUGCAUGGUGCGAUUACAGUCGAGGAGGCAACACAGAGCCUCGUCGCGUUGAUAGAAAGCCCGUCCUAUUACCGCCCCUGGCACAUCGUCCCGUUCUAUGGGUUUGCUUCCGCAUUUGCUGCCAUCUGGGCAUACAAUGGCUGGUGGAGCGAUAUGGCCAUUUCUUUCUUCCUUGGCUGCAUUGUUGGGUUUCUGCAGGUCAUUGUUGCUUCCCGAAACCCACUCUACAACAACGUUCUGGAAGUGACAUCCUCACUUAUUACAGCUUUCGCCGCUCGGGCAUUCAGUUCUAUCGGGGGUCCGUCACAGAAAUACUUCUGCUUUGGUGCCAUCUCCGAGUCUUCCAUCACUACGAUUCUGCCCGGUUACAUUGUACUGUGUGGUACACUGGAGCUACAGAGCAAGUCCAUCACGGCAGGAUCUACACGGCUGUUCUACGCAGUCAUGUAUUCGCUUUUGCUAGGCUACGGAAUCAAUGUCGGGGCGCAACUAUGGGCAGUCAUUGACCCUGAUGCUGUCACAUCUAGCACAUGCCCACGAUCUGUCGAUCCUCGAUGGAAGAUUCUUCUUGUGCCAAGUUACUUGGUGCUACAGGCUGUACUCAUACGUUCACGGCCUCGACAGAUUCCAAUCCAAGUAAUCCUCGGGUCUGCUGCAUACACAGUCAACUAUUUCGUGUCGCAGUAUGCCACAGCGCAAGUGGCCAAUACAGCUUCAGCCUUCGUUCUCGGCGUCCUAGGCCACCUUUGGGCACGCUCACAACAUGCGUUCGCUUUUGCUGCCGUCGUUGCAGGCAUUAUGGUCUUGGUUCCGUCAGGGUUAUCUGCUCAGGGCGGCCUCCUGCUAGGCAUUUCUACUCCGCUUUUCAACAAUGGAUCAACUGACGCACAAGACAUCUACGAGCAAACGAUAUACCAUUCUUUUAGCGUUGGUGCCCAAAUGAUACAGGUUGCCGUCGGGCUUGCGGUGGGAUUAUUCAUCUCGGCGUUGGUGGUCUAUCCGUUUGGGCGGAAGAACAAUGCCCUGUUUUCUUUUUAA